AUGAAGGUUAUGAAGAAAAGUUAUGUAUUGACCACAUGGAUUCUCACACAGCGGCGUACUCUUGAAAUUGCUGCUGAAUGCCCGUUUCUCUGUGAUGGUCUUGCUGCCUUUCAGACCAGGUUAUUAAUAUUUUUUGUUUAUUUUUAUAACCUGAUCAAAUCUUCAAAUAUGUCUCCGACCUCUAUUGUCAGCUAUGUUUGUUGCGUUAGUCUCUUUGCACCUAUAACACUUUGUUUUGUUUUUUUCCCCAAACAGAAGCAUGUAUUCUUUGUCAUAGAUUAUAUGUAUAAAGGCAGCCUGUUUUACUAUUUGGAGAAAAGAGCAUGUCUGGAAACUUACGAGGCAAUGUGAGUAACGAGGUGAAAGAAAUAUUUUAACUGAAAGAAAUACCCCAGGAAAUACGAUGAGGUUCAGCAUCCUCUGUUAUAUAUACAUGUAACUACUCAUACACUCUGAUAAUACCCUAAUAAUACCAAUUAUAGCUAAUAAUACUAAAGUCCUUGUGGUUUUAUUCUCUAAAGUAAUUGUGGAGAAAAUUUACAAGGCAGUUUCAAAGUUCUAGAUAAAAUAUCCAAAUGGAAAAAAGUAUAUAUUUUAGGAAAAACGUUGUAAUUCCUUGGUCGGUUAUUCUCAAUUCACAAUUUGGUUGAUAAACGUAAUAUGUCCUCACAUUUCCUUACUAUGUAGGAUAGAUUCUAGUAGACUCAUUUGUUUUCACGUUUUUAUCAGGUUUUAUUCAGCAGAAAUAGUUUCAAUUCUUGCACAGCUGUGGAAUCGUCCAUCGAUGAUUCCAUAAGAGAUUCUUUCUCUGUUCUCUCUCAUGUUGAUCUGCUUUGUCAUGAACCUCUCACUGCAGUGCUGUUUUCUCUCUGGGUGUAUAUUAGCUGUAUUCUCACUAUCCCUAAUCUGCUUUCUUGUCUCUCUGAAUAUUAGUAGGAUUCCCUCUCUCCACUGUUCUGCCUCCUAUCUCUCUGGCUGUUGCUGCCUUUCUCACUUUUUAACUCAAUUUAUCCAUAAACUAUCCAUUAACGUUCUAUUCACAAACAAUCUCAUCUGUUCUUUACUUUAGUGAUCUAAAGCCCGAUAACAUUUUACUAGAUGGGGAUGGACAUGCGAGGAUAGCAGAUUUUGGGUUAGUGAAAGAAAACAUGUACAAGGGCAAAAAUAACACAGGCAAGGGUAAAUGUGGGGUAAACAUAACAGAAACCAAAAGAUUGUUAUGUUUUGGUACUGCCUCUAUUAGGAUUUGUCUACUCUUUUUAAUGAAGCACUAGGUUUUUAAAUUUUGAUUUAAAAAAGUGAAUUUAAUUAAAAUGUCAUGCUAUGGCAUUUUUGUAAUAAGACAUCUUUUCUUCUUCUGACCGCAGCCAAGUUUAAAUUCCGGAAAACAUCCACAGAAGAAGCCCCUCUCAUUUCUGGCAGCCCUGAAUAAUAUGAACUCUUCAGAAUGGAAGCGGGACCUGUUUGGCCUGUCUAUCAUUAGCCCCAGAUGGAGGUACUAGACUGCCGACUCUUCGCAUUUACAUCUUGCGAUAUGAGACCAUCAUAUCCUGCUAUCAAAUAUCUGUGCACUCUAUAAACUAAGACAAACUGCCAACAUAUUUACUUUAACAUUAAAUUUGUAAAUAUUUUAGAAUUAAAAACUUGUAAAUAUUUUAGAAUUAAAAUCUGUUCUUUUUGUAUUCCUUACAUUUCUACCCUAGUUCCUUUCAAGUAUAUAUAUACACUAGACUAGCCAUCACUAGCGUUGCUGGUACUGUCAGAUUGGCUGUCUGGCUGUCUAGAGAAAUAGAAAUCUAGCAGUGGCAUUAUUGGUGCAGCAUGGCUUAGUACUCUAUGCUAGAGGUGUACUUGGUUACUUGGAAAAACUGUAUGUUGAGAGCACCACACCCUCCAGAAUUGUAAUUCUUUGGUGUGUGUCUCAGAAGCUCUCUUCACUUGUGUGUCUUCUGAACCUAUUUGUGAGUCUCUCCUAAUUCCCUCUUCUCUUGCGAACCUUGUCUGUCCCAUAACCUUCCAUUAGCACCUUGUGUCUCUUAAGCCCCCAUAUCCUUUUGUGUCUCUUGCCUUUCUUUACAGAGCUUUUGUCUGUUGGCCCUUUUUUGUAUAAUACCAUAUUUUGCCCCUCUUAUUCCCCAUCUUGUGUAUCUUUUUGCAUCUUUUGCAAAUAAUAAUAAUAAUAAUUAUAUGACAUGGUAACAGAGUGGGGAAUGUUAUAAGAUAUGGUAACAGAGUGGGGGAAUGUUAUGUGACAUGGUAACAGAGUGGGGAAUGUUAUGUGACAUGGUAACAGAGUGGGGAAUGUUAUAUGACAUGGUAACAGAGUGGGGAAUGUUAUAAGAUAUGGUAACAGAGUGGGGGAAUGUUAUGUGACAUGGUAACAGAGUGGGGAAUGUUAUGUGACAUGGUAACAGAGUGGGGGAAUGUUAUGUGACAAGGUAACAGAGUGGAGGAAUGUUAUAUGACAUGGUAACAGAGUGGGGGAAUGUUAUGUGACAAGGUAACAGAGUGGAGGAAUGUUAUAUGACAUGGUAACAGAGUGGGGGAAUGUUAUGUGACAAGGUAACAGAGUGGGGAAUGUUAUGUGACAUGGUAACAGAGUGGGGGAAUGUUAUGUGACAAGGUAACAGAGUGGAGGAAUGUUAUGUGACAUGGUAACAGAGUGGGGGAAUGUUAUGUGACAAGGUAACAAAGUGGAGGAAUGUUAUAUGACAUGGUAACAGAGUGGGGGAAUGUUAUGUGACAAGGUAACAGAGUGGAGGAAUGUUAUGUGACAUGGUAACAGAGUGGGGGAAUGUUAUAUGACAUGGUAACAGAGUGGGGGAAUGUUAUGUGACAAGGUAACAGAGUGGGGGAAUGUUAUAUGACAUGGUAACAUAGUGUGUUAACAUGGUAACAGAGUGGGGGAAUGUUAUGUGAUGAACAGAGUGGUAAUGUUAUAUGACAUGGUAACAGAGUGGGGGAAUGUUAUGUGACAAGGUAACAGAGUGGGGGAAUGUUAUGUGACAUGGUAACAGAGUGGGGAAUGUUAUAUGACAUGGUAACAGAGUGGGGGAAUGUUAUAUGACAUGGUAACAGAGUGGGGGAAUGUUAUGUGACAAGGUAACAGAGUGGGGGAAUGUUAUGUGACAUGGUAACAGAGUGGGGAAUGUUAUAUGACAUGGUAACAGAGUGGGGAAUGUUAUAUGACAUGGUAACAGAGUGGGGGAAUGUUAUGUGACAAGGUAACAGAGUGGGGAAUGUUAUGGUAACCGAGUGGGGUGCAUUAAUAAGAUUUUUGUAAAUUGCAGCACUGGGUGUUGUUUGAGAUGGAGGUGCUCCCAGCAGUCCUUUGCUCCUGGGAAGCACCAGGAUGGCCAGGAGCCAAUCUGAGGCAGGAAUUGUGAAGGGGGCGGAAACCUUAAGGUAGCUCUUCCCCUGCAACUGGCAGGCUAGCACUGAGGGUGUAGUAGCCUAUCUGUGUAUGUGAAAAGCAGAAGCAUGUAUCUGCAUCCCUGCACCUAUCCCUCUGCUGCUACAGGAACAUGGGAGAGAGAGGCAGCAGGCAGAGGAAGAUCCACUGAUAAUAGCAAAUAUGGCAAGUACUGACAUUUUAUGGCAAGACAGGAGGCUUCAUAUUUGCUUAUCUUUCUUUACUGUAACUCCCAGCAGCAAAGAAAUAGUUAACAAUAGUGUAAAAACAAUUCAACCAAUCAGAGUGUAUAACCGUAUUAUAUGAUGUCAUCAAACUCCUCCCAAGUCCUCUUUCUUUGCUGCUUGCCUCCCAGGUGAGUCUGCUCCAAUUAUAUUGCCUUAGGGUUUUUGCCUUUAAUGCAAUAUUUGAACUAAUUUUCUCUUUAAUUUGUUAAAUUUUAUAGCACCCAUAUCUCUAUUAUAAUUUUUAAAUAAUUUUCUGUGGUAAUGUUUUGUUUAUCAAACAUUCAUUUUCACUAGUUUCUCACACAAUUUAUUAUCAGUACACAUAUAAUUAUACCUAACAUGUUGGUUUAUUUACAUCUCUGAACAGUUUUUAAACUUUAUCUCCAUUGUUUCCGUUUAAAAAUCGUCGGGGUUUGCCUCCACGAUUUUAUUAUAUUUGUGGCCGCGGUUUCCUCUCGAUUCUGAUUCCCAAUUCCCAGGAGUCUGCGGCCCAAUUUCGCGCCCUUUCUCAGAUCCCGCCUUCUCGCACCUGCAAUUACCUGACGCGCUUCCUCCCGUUUUGCGGCAGCCAUCUUAAACCGCGGUUUACCUUGUUUUUUAUGCGCGAUCGCUUCACCUCACGUCAGAUCCGGUAAGUAUCUUAUUUACUUGUUGCUCAUAGCACCCUUAAAGUGCUACCACCUUUUCCGAAAUUAUUCUUUGUACCUAUUUGUUUUUCUUGACAGGAAAAUACCUGCUGUAUCUUAUCAUUAUUAAAUAAAGGACAGCCUUGUGAGUGACCCCCACCUUUUUCUGUGUCACUUGAUUCAUUGAAUGUUGUUGUGGGUGACCCCCACAUUUUAUUCACUUUCUAAUCAAUUUAUGACAGGUGUCUCAACACCAUUACUAGAAGUGAGUGACCCUCACCUUUGCAAUAAUACAAUAUAUUAUUUAAAGUGACCCCACACUUUAUUAAAUAUUUUACAGACAUACUCAUAAAAGUCUGACUACUGAGUGGUGAACCCCAGUUCUUAUUGUUACAGUGGUACAAUCCACUUAUAUAAUUUAGUGGUCUACCCCACUAUAUAUUGUGUGCCGCCCUUAUAUAUCAAACUACGCUUAUUUGGGUGACCCCUUACUUAGAAAUUUUACUAAGCACAAUUGGGUGAACCCCAUUUAACAUUCUUGUCUUACGACUAUUUUUCAGAAUCACUAAUACAGUCCUAACUAAAAUGUCUGACAAUACUGAGCCCGCAAUCUCUCAGGAACUUAAAGCUUGGCUGGUUUCAACCAUUACUGAAUCCAUCCCCAAGGCGUUAGCAGCCUUCCAUGAAAAGACUCCUGGCGAAGUCAAUCCCACCGCACAUUUACUCUCUGACUCAGAGGACUCUCAGCCCUCGGAUCAGGAGGUCACACAUCCUUGGAAAGGUAAUAGUGUGUCUGCGGGCAAGGGCAAGGCUCCUGCCAAGUCCCAUAAAUUAACUGUCACUCACCCCGCCUAAACUAUAUUCGACCCCUUGGAGGGUUCCACUUCUCAAAUGGGUGAUGGGGUUGAGGAUUACUACCUUGGCUAUUCUGAUGAGGACCCCUCGGCGAAUGCGCUAGGGGAUACCCCAUCGGAAUUUGUCAAGGAGACAUUCAUUACCAAAAAGGAUACAGAUGCAAACAUCUCUAUGCCCAAGAGACCCGACUCAGACACCCUUCUGGAUGCCUCGGGUGUCCCUUUUUUCGACCCUAGGGUCAUUAGACAUCCACGUUCGGCCGAAUGGGCCCCACCUGACCAAAUCUCUAAUUUUUGCAAGAUGUGGCUGCGUAAGCCCCUUGGAAAAGAAAUGAGGGCUAAACUCAGAGCCGAAUGCUCUCGGCCAACUAUACCAUGUAAAGUGGCUCUCAUAUUGAGCAGGGUCUUAAGACAGCCCAGGACAAGCUCCUGGAUAUCGCUGGUCCCAUCAUCCAAAUUUUCAUACGAGCUGACAAAGCUAUAGCUAGUGGGUGUUUGACCCUCACACAGUCCGAGAAUGAGCCCAAAGAGCCCUAUGUUUCCUGGGCAAUGCAAAUGUGGCUAUAUCCACUGAGAGACGUCGGGCGGCACUAUAUAAGCUCAAUGCUAAAUUAGCAGACUUAAGCUCCCGAGAACUGGGACCAGAAGCCAAUGGCUUUUUAUUUGGGGACUCUUUCAUGAGAGAUCUGUCCAAACGUGCAGCGGUAUUUACUACCUUAAACAAGGCCCAAUCCUCCCUAUGCAUGGUAUUUCGCUCCCAGUCAGGUCGUUUUUCUGGGAGAGCUGGACGUUAUAGAGGCCGAAUGAACAGCAGAGCUGCCUUCACAGGCUACAGGCCUCGUCCCUCAGAAAACUACUGGAACUCGGGACCCCGUCGACCCUACCACAGGCAGUUAUUCAACAAUAGAGGAUCCAUCUGGGGACGUGGAUCUGCCUCCUUACGCGGACGCACUGCUCCAGGUAAUAAACCUUCUAUUUUUCAAUGUACCUAUAGAAGGUCGACUAACCCAUUUUUUCCAACAGUGGGAACUGAUUUCACAGGAUCUAUGGAUCCUACACACAGUCAAGAGGUUCAAAAUAGAUUUCCUUUACACUCCCAUCCAGAACACACCACCUACACCAUUUCGGAUGUCUGCAACAGACAACCUGACAUUACACACAGAAUUGAACAAACUGGUGGAAAAAGGGGCGAUAGAAAGAUCACCCUUCCCACAUACCUUUCUAAGCAAUAUUUUUCUGGUCCACAAAAAAUCCGGAGACCUGCGUCCAAUAAUCAAUUUGAAAGACCUGUAUCACUAUGUCAGAUAUCGUCAUUUCAAAAUGGAGGGCAUCCAUCUCCUCAGGGACCUCCUUUGCGUGGGAGACUGGUUAUCCAGAUUCGAUCUCAAGGACGCAUAUCUCACUGUCCCUGUUGCCCGCAACCAUCAGGCUUUUCUUCAAUUCCUCUGGCAAGAGGAAAUUUGGCAGUUCACAUGCCUCCCGUUCGGUCUUUGUUCCGCACCAUGGUGUUUCACAAAGCUGAUGAAACCAGUGAUGGCCCUACUCCUAUCACAGGGGAUUUGUUCCAUUGUAUAUUUGGACGACAUCCUGAUAAUGGCUCAAGAUCCAGACCUUUUACGACAACACGCGGACAUGACGACGGCCUUAUUACUAAUCAACUUUAAAAAAUCAGACCUGGAACCUUCUCAGAAAGUUCAGUUUCUCGGAUUCCUAAAAGACUCCAUACAGGCGAUUUUACAACUACCUUCUACAAAGGUCAAGGCUAUAAAGAAAGACAUUCGCAAAUUGCUAUCAGCCCACCAGAUUCGCCUAUGCGAUCUGGCUCAUACCAUAGGCCUACUGUCUGCCUCUAACCGAGCCAUUUAUCCGGGACCCCUACAUUACAGAGCCAUGCAACGGCUCAAGACUUACUAUCUAAACCGGUCCACCUUCUACGACCAACUGAUCUACCUAACAGACGAAGUCCGUAUAGAACUUCAUUGGUGGCUUCACAACAUGGAAACCUGGAAUGGCAAAGCCAUUUUUGGAUCACAACCAGACUUCAUUCUGGAAUCCGAUGCCAGUCUCUUGGGGUGGGGCGCUACGUGAGCCGAAAUGUCCACCUCCGAACAAGCACUGCACAUCAAUUGCCUAGAAUUGAUUGCAGGAUCUUUUGCGAUACGCAGUUUCGCAAAAGAUUGUUUCAAUUGUUCACUAGUACUGCGCAUGGACAACGUCUCUGCGGUGCGUUAUGUGAAUCGGUUAGGAGUUUCCCGAUCCAAAUUACUGUCCGACCUUACCAAGGAACUCUACCAAUUCUGCCUAGAGCGGAAUUUAUCCAUCAGAGCAGAAUAUCUUCCGGGCAUGGACAACCUAGUCGCAGAUUGGUUCUCUCAUCAUUGGAGGGACGUAAGCGACUGGCAAUUGGAUCCCUGCUUGUUCUAUCAAAUUCAUUGUCUUCGCGGGCCCCUCACACUGGACCUGAUCGCGUCUCGGCUGAAUCACCAGACGAAGGCCUUUUUCAGCUGGCUCCCAGAUCCUCGAUGCCUCCCUACACCCUUGGCCGGAGACAGGAGCUUAUGCGUUCCCACCUUUCUCCAUGAUCCAGCGUACCCUUUACCGGGUCAAAGCCCUAGAAGUGAUGAUAGUUAUUUUCACUCGGCUAUGGAGAGCCCAGACUUGGUUUCCAACCCUGCUAGAACUGUCUGUGAAUUGUCCAAUUCUACUACCUCGAUCGCCAGACAUCCUCAAGAAUCCAGCAGGGCGCUGUCACCCACUCGCCCUUCAAGGGCAUCUCUAGCUUGUAGCUUGGACCGUUUCAGGGGAUCCUGGAAUGUCUCAGGACUUUCGGAGACAGCUCAGGCCCUCCUAUGGGACUCCUGGGCCCCAGGCACUAGACGUGCUUACCUCGCUGCAUGGCGGACAUGGGUCAGCUCGUGUUUGGAAAGAGAUACCGAUCACUUUUCAGCACCUCUGACGAUCAUCCUAAAUUUUCUGUCUACUCUCUUUGAUCAAUGCAAGUCCUAUAGAUCAAUUAAUGUUUUUAGAUCUGCUAUUUCUGCGGCCCACAAUCCUAUUGACAAUGCAUCAAUAGGAAAACACCCUUCAGUUUGUAGACUUUUACGAGGGAUCAGGCUAGCCAGACCCCCUCUUCAAGAUAUUCCAAUUUCUGGGACGUCACUCAGGUUUGUUCCCUUUUAGACUCCUGGCCCUCUAAUGAGAAUUUGACGUUACGUCAACUCUCUGCCAAACUGGCCUUACUCUGGUAUGUCUGGUAUCCUUCUGUAGGGUCUCCGACAUUCGAGCAUUUGAUUUCCACGCUGUAGUUUUUUUCGCCUGAGGGUGUUAAAUUUCACAUCACCAGGCGAACGAAGAGUAAUUCCUCCUCUGUAUUCUACCCUUACUUUCCGAAUAGACAGUCGCUUUGCGUGGCGCUCUGUGUAAGGCACUAUAUAGAUGCCACAACCACUCUGCGUUCCUCUACAGGACCCCUUCUCGUUUCCUAUGUCAGACCAUACAAACCGGUGUCCGCUCCCACCGUCGCGCGGUGGAUCAGAUGGAUACUAGCCCAAGCAGGUAUUGACUCCUCUUUUGGAACGCACUCAGUCAGAGGAGCAGCCGCAUCCUCAGCCUCUCGUGCGGGUAGUUCCCUCUCAGACAUUUUGUCGUCUGCAGAUUGGACCAGGGAGUUCACCUUUCGUACAUUCUAUUUCAAACCUAUGCCACAUGCUGCAUCUUCUCUCAUAUAAGAGCGUUAAAACAGCAAAUAUGAAGCCCCCUGUCUUGCCAUAAAAUUAGGGAUUAUUCUAGCCCUAGUGACUGAAUAAUCUAAAUAUUCGCCUCCUGUCGUUAAUAAAAUUUAGAUUAUUCAGUCACUAGGGCUAGAAUAAUCCCUAAUUAUGCCUCUCACAGCCCAUGUCCAAAUGUCUGACACCCAUCUUUCAUAUAACUUUACCAUAAAAUCAGCUCACAAAUACAAGCUAUAUGUACUGUGUGUGUAUGUGGUGUGUGCUGGCUUUAUGUGAUGUGAUAUGUGGUGGGUGCUGGCUGCAUGGCUUAGUAAAGGAAGGGAUCUAUGAUCCCAGGUGGUCUAUAGGAGGUCAUACUCCCUGGUGGUCCAGCAAGGGUUAACUCUGGAUGUUGGUCUAGCAGGGUUCUAGGGGUAUAUAUAUAUAUAUAUAUAUAUAUAUAUAUAUAUAUGUGUGUGUGUAUCUAUUUUAAAUGAAUAUAUAUAUAAAUAUAUAUAUAUAUAUAUAUAUAUAUAUAUAAGUUCUCAUGUGCCCCCCUCACACAAUACAGUCUUGUACCAGUCACACACUGCACCCCUCACACAUACUGCAUCCUUCUCACACAUCCACACACACACACUGCAGCCUUCUCACACAUCCACACACACACACACACACACACACACACUGCACCCCUCACAUGCACUCACUGUAUUCCUCACACACACUGCACCCCUAAAGCACACACAUUGCACCCCUCACACACACUAUACCCCUAAAGCACACAUAUUGCACUCCUCACACACUGCACCCCUCACACACACACUGUCCCCUCAUUUACAGUGCACCUCACACACACUGCACCCUCACACACACAUACACACACACAAUGCACCCCUCACACAGUACACCCCUCAUUCAAACACAUUGAACCCCUAAAUAAACUCAUAAUGAUGUCCAUAAUAACUAAUAACAGAAAUUGUGAUGUACGAACAGUUGAAAUAGCUGUGUAAUUUGUGUUUUGUAUUGCAUGUUUUGUUCUAAAUUCUUUUUCAUGACUCUGUGGAACAAUAAACAUAUGUACAAUGGAAAAGUCUUCAUCUAUUUAAAUCAUAGUCACUGAUCAAUGACUAUGAGUCUGAGAUAGAACUGUGUACUGACGUGUAUUUCGCUGUUAAUGAUAUAUGCCUUUAUCUCAUAGGUGAGGAGUCAUGUGACAGACAUUAAACUUUGCGUUCCAUCAUGAACUAGUGAGUGGUGGUCUGUCACUGAAAGCAUCAGACUUUGAGUUCAACCGUGAACUGGGGAGAGGAGGCUUUGGGAAGGUGAGCCAUGUGUUGCCCCUUUAGUCGAGGGAGAGAAGGAUGAGAUACUUUGAAAACGUGAUACAAUAAGUGUAGUUAACAUGCUCCUUGCCUUUAAAACCCCAAAAAUAUAUUACAGAGGAGACCUAUUUAUCUACAAAACUUGUAAGAUUAAUGUUUAUAAAUGCACAAAUUCUUUUCUUGCUUUAAAAUCUAUUGCAGGAUGGAUAUUUCAAUGAAUUGUGAAUCCAUGUUCUUUGCACUUUAUUCAGGGUUAUUCCCUAAACAAGAAAUUUUCAGGAAUUGAGAAAUUAAACAUAUUUUGGCUAAUUUCCCCCAAAAUUUUAGUUUUGUGGUAAACACUUGCCAAUUACCAGUUUAUUAACCCCUUAAGGACACACAACAUGUGUGACAUGUCAUGAUUCCCUUUUAUUCCAGAAGUUAGGUCCUUAAGGGGUUAAAUAGCUCUGUAUACAUCUAUGAAAUUAACUUGUGAUAUCAGCGUCUCAGUAACUUGGGUCCUCAUACAUUUAUUGUUAUAUGUGUUAUUCUAUAAAGCAUUGCAAAGAUGGUAAUCUGUCGCAAAAAAUGUUUUUACAGGAAAGUCAAACAGGCAUUUAACAAAUGGUAAAUAAAGUCACUAACAGUGCUGCAUUCACCUAUUUAUUUUGUACUAGAUAAAAAAAAAUGAUAGCUUGAUAUUUAUUACUUGGUCCAUUUGUAGACACUCUCAGGUCAUGCUAGCAUCAUGCACAAGAACUCAACAUCUUGUGGCCAUGAAGGUUAUGAAGAAAAGUUCUGUAUUGAACACAUGGAUUCUCACAGAGCGGCGCACUCUUGAAAUUGCUGCAGAAUGCCCAUUCCUCUGUGAUGGUCUUGCUGCCUUUCAGACCCAGGUAAUUAAUAUUUUUUGUUUAUUUUUAUAACCUGAUCAAAUCCUCACAUAUGUCUCCCACUAUAUUGUCAGCCAUGUUUAUACAUCAUCUAGUUGCAGUCCUUGUUGCAGUAAUCUCUUUGUACCUAUAAUACUUAAUUUUCCCUAACAGAAGCAAACAGUGUUUUCCCUAAACAGAAGCAUGUAUUCUUUGUCAUGGAUUAUAUACACGAAGGCAGCCUGUAUCGCUAUUUGGAGAAGAGAGCAUGUCUGGAAACUUCUGAGGCACUGUGAGUAACGGGGCAAAAGAAAGAUUUGAGGUGGGAGAAAUAUCAUAAGAAAUAUGAUGGGAUUUAGUAUCCUCUGUUAUAUCUAAUUUAAAUACUCCUACUCUCUGAUAAUGCCCCAACAAUACUUAUUAUAACUAAUAAUUCUAGACCCGUGUCUUUGCUCUCUAAAUAAAUUGUGCAGAAUUGACAAGGAUAAAAUGGAAAAAAAGUUUAGGAAAAAAGUUGUAAUCCCAUCGUUGUAAUCCCAUUCUUCUCAAUUCACAAAAAAUUGUAAUCCCAUUCUUCUCAAUUCACAAUCUGGUGAAAAAACAUCAUAGGUCCUCACUUUUCAUUACUAUUUAGGAUAGAUUCUAGUAAACCAGUAAAUUUUUUUAUCAGGUUUUUUUCAACAGAAAUAGUUUGCGGCCUUCAAUUCCUACAUAGCCGUGAAAUCGUCCAUCGGUGAGUCCAUGAGAGAUUCCUUCUCUAUUGCUCUGCUCUGUCAUUCUUUCUGAGCUAUGAGCCUCUCCAUGCACUGCUGUCUUCUCUUUCUCUAUCUGUGUAUUAGCUGUAUUCUCCUAAUUUGCCUAUUUUCUCUCUGUGUAUAUUAGUAGUAUUCCCUCUGUCUGUUGCUCUGCCUCCUAUCUCUUUGGCUGUUGCUGCCCUUCUCAUUUUUUAACCCAGUCAAUUUCUUCCCUCUACAUAUUGCUCUGUCCUAUUUUAAAUCCCAGAAUUUUUCCACCCACUUUGCCACACUAUCCAUUAAUGUUCUAUACACAAACAAUCUCAUCUAUUCUUCACUUUAGUGACCUAAAGCCCGAUAACAUAUUGCUAGACGGGGAUGGACAUGCAAAGAUAGCAGAUUUUGGGUUAGUGGAAGAAAAUAUGUACAAGGGCAAAAAAACACAGGCAAGGCCAGGACUACUUUUUACAUGGCCCCUGAGGUAGGCUAAUGUCUAAUUAUAUGUUUAUUUCUUUUAUUUUAAUGUGCUAUGCAAAGUUUCUGUUACAGCUUUUUUUUUUUUACUUCAGUUUCUUUUAAUGAUUUAUAUCCUGAAAUUUCAAAGAAUAAAACUGAAAAAACAAUGAAUAAGAACAUCUUUCAUUAAAAUUAAAUAUUGCAUACCUCUAUUAAAUAGGCAACGUACAACAAAGUACAAUAAGUGUAACCCUGUGUCUGACAUAAAUACACCUUUCUUUUACAGUUUCUAGCAGAUAAAGAAUAUGAUGCUGCAGUGGACUGGUGGUCGCUUGGCAUUAUUCUUUGUGAAAUGCUGUGUGGAGACCACUCUUAUGAUAGAUUGCUAUCUUCAGACCAACUUCGGUAUUCUGUCAUCAUGAGGAAGCCUCCGUACCCAGACUGGGUCGCCACCAAUUCCAAAGGCAUUGUGUCUAAGGUGAGUAUCUAUUGUCACUUAUCAUGUUGAAGGGACUGUUAUACAGAGAGGACAGGUGAACGUAGUGCCACAGUGAGACAUCAGGGAGCAACACUUAAGGAUGUUAAUAGGGAAGUUAAUAUAAAUGGAUGCAGUUAUGGGUCUGAUUGCUCAAGGCUUUAUGGUAGAGGUGAAUCCCUCUUCAAACAAAACACAUUUGACAGUAAAACUGCUAAAGUGAACAGAAUUUGAAAAUAGGAUAUUGAGAUUUUAUAAUGCAUGUUUAAGUGGCCCAAAUGGUGAUGUCAAUUAAUUUAAAAAAAAAUUCAGCUCCUAAUUAAAAACCCUAAAUUCCAUCUUGGGGUAUAUGGUGACAUUAGACGCCACCCAUUUUAUGGAGAUCUGUGUUGGGAAGAACUGGAGGCUAAGAAAAUUCCACUUCCAUAUAAGUCAAUGGUGGUAGGUAAAUUCAUGUUAUGAUAGCCCACACUAAUCCCAGACUUUUUAUUCAACAACUUGCAGUAGCACUCAUUUUAUCCCCUUAAAUGUCAAAUCAUUUUAUUCCAUCAUUAGAAAGGCAUUUAUGAUAGAAAAAGAAGCAAGAUUUAUAAAAAAAACAAACAAUUAAUUAUACUCAGUGUUAAAUAAUCAACAAUCAGGUGACAAAUGGCUAUGUGUGAUUGUUUACCUCGAAGAUUAACAAAAACAUAGAGUUCUAGAGAAAAACAUACUUAUAAAACUGCCACUUACAAUCGUCGAAAUUUACAAACGACAAUUAUGCAUAGAUCUAAAUGUGGAGUAAACAUCACGGAAACCAACUUAUUGAGCGAUAUAGCACAUUAUAUAUUUUUUAAUGAAAGGUAAUGCAAAACAAGAAAGGAAUAAGGUUAAAAAGUUAAGAACAGGGUUCUACAAUCACCUAUGUUAGUCACUUAUUCACAUAAAAUCAAACCAUACAGUAUAAAAAAUGUGGGUGGUGAGAGCACACAGAUAAAAAUAGCAAUUACACAUUACCCUUAUUGCACGCUUCAGUAUAUAAACACUUAAAUCACUCCUAUAAAUUUAAAAACAAGGAGAAAAGUAGCAUAGGGUAAUAACGUAGCAACCUGAUGUAACUUUGAAUGAUAAUUGGUUUCACUCACAUGGUCAUGAGCCACUUAUUGGAAGCUGGCUCAGACUAGAAGUUUAUCAGGUAAAUGCACGUGGUGGUCAAACUCUUAGCUGUAUCACCUGUGUGGUCUUCAGGUUACUGUUGCUUAAAAUACUCCAGGAUGUAGGAAGUAUUGCAAAACAAUUUAUUGGACACACUACAGGUAGCUGGAUAAAAACACUUAAAAUGAAAUCUUAUCUCUAAAAAGUCCACUUGUGCAUGGAUUAAACCUAACGCGUUUCGGCAAAGCCUUUUUCAAAAGUCCAUUCUUCACCUUCUGCUUUAAUUGUUUAAAUAACUCCGGAAUUGGUGCCCUUUUCGUCCGUCGAGAUGUCAUCAUAUUCUCCUUCCGGUUUCCGUCUGACUGCAUCCUUAAUUCCGGCCCAACCACUUCCGUCUUCUUCUCAUGACUUCACGACGUUGUCUACGUCCUAACGUUGUGACGUACAUUUUAGAGGCCCGGAAGAUCUUUCAGUCUCAAAGCCCCUGCCCUCCUCAAAUAUGUAUUCCCAAACGUCCAGACCGGGCAAAGGGCACAAUUAAUGUACAUAGGCAUUACACAUGUGAAAAGCUAAACUAUACAAUUCAAAGCUAGCUAAAUCCUAAUGCAGGGCAUAUCUAAAUAAUAUUAGCCCAUAAAACAUAUUACACUUCCUAAAAUAAAAAGAGAACAUAAACUCAUAUCAUAAACAUAAAACAUGAAUGUAUAUUGCGGAGAAAAAAGAAGAAAAAAACAUCUGUUAAAAACUUAAUUACACUCGUAAAUAAAACAUUUAGCAUUACAUAUGUAUAUAAAGAGGAAAAAGGGGACCUUGAAAUCAACCCUUCAUUAAGUUUUUAAUUUAAAUAUCAAGUCUGAAAAAGAAAAAUAUAUUGGGUUGAACAAUAUUUAGCAAAAAAUAUAUAUAUCUAAUAUAUGUGGUAGAGAGGUAGGUAGAAAAUGAUAUAAAUAAAAGUGGUUGAAAAUUCAUAUAUUUAAAACUUUAAUAAAAAAAAAAAAAAUACAUAUAAAAUCCAUGUAUAAAAUCCCCUACAUUUUAAUUGAAGGGAAGUAAAAUAGAGAGUAAAAUCAUAUUAUAAACCUUAUAUAAAUUAUAAAUAUAAAUUAUAUGAAGUAUAAAUAUGGGGUGCUUUCAAAAUCCACAUUUAGGCCUUGUGGCAUUAGAGUAUCCAUAUUGAAAAUCCACUUCGUUUCCGUCCUAUUUAAUAAAUUCUCUUUAUCUUGCCCUCUCCAAUGUAUUUUUAUUUUGUCUAUUCCUACAAAUUCUAAGUCUUUAGGAUCACUGAAGGUGUUUCAUAAAAUGUUUGGUAAUGCCUUCUAAGAAUAGGGAACCAGUAUUAUUAUUAUCUUUUUUUGGCAUUUAUGUAGCACUAAUUUAUUCAGUAGUGCUUAACAAUAUUUAAUCAUCUUUUUAAUGAAGCACUAUGUUUGAACGUUUUGAUUAAAAAACGUAAAUUAAAAUAUUACAUCAUGCUAUGGCAUUUCUGCAAUAAGAGAUAUUUUCUUCUUCUGACCACAGCCAUCUCUGAGUUUCAGACCACAUGCACAGAAGAAGCCCCUCUCAUUUCUGGAGGCCCUGUAUAGUAUGUACUCUUCAGGAUGGAAAUGGGACCUUUUUGGCCUGUCGUUCACCAGCCGUAGAUGGAGGUACUAGACUGACGGUUUUUCAUGUGUACAUCUUGCAUUGUCUAGCUCUUCUCUGUGAGGAAUCUAGUUGGAUGCAAACCACUGGUUCAACUCAACACAUUCUUCUGCUUUACACUACCAGCCAGCGAAGCAUCACCCUGUGCUGUAUACCACCAAGAUGCACAGUAUAUUCCGUGACUUCCCAUCAGCCAACCUAA